AUGCCCCCAAAGAAAGGUGCCGUCGAGGAGCUGCCUCCACUUCUCGGAAGGCUUGGCACUAAUCUUAAGGUUGGAAUUUUGGGUCUUCCAAAUGUGGGCAAGUCUACUUUCUUCAACGUGUUGACCAAGAGCGAAGCGCAAGCCGAGAAUUUCCCAUUCUGCACGAUUGAUCCUAAUGAAAGCCGAGUUCCUGUUAGCGAUCCGCGCUUCGAUUGGCUGUGCGACCAUUUUAAGCCAGCUAGCAAAGUUCCCGCUUUUCUCAAUGUAGUCGAUAUCGCUGGUCUGGUGAAAGGAGCCUCGGAAGGGCAAGGGCUCGGAAACGCGUUUCUAUCACACGUCUCUGCAUGCGACGCGCUUUUCCAUUUGUGUCGGUCAUUCGAAGAUGACGAUAUCACUCAUGUUGAAGGUGAAGUGAAUCCCGUGCGAGAUUUGGACAUUAUAUCGGACGAGUUACGACUCAAAGAUCUGCAGUACCUUGAUGCUCAAGUCUCAAAGCUCGAAAAACUUGUUGUUCGGGCUAAUGACAAAACCAAGAAGAUUGAAUAUGAAACUCUACUCAGAGUCCAAAAAAUGCUUACCGAAGAAAAGAAACCGGUGCGAAAAGAGAUCUGGAACGAGAAAGAAAUCGAGGUCUUGAACACUCAUCUUCUCCUUACUGCUAAGCCGCUGGUUUAUCUUGUCAACCUUAGCGAGACUGACUACAUCCGAAAAAAAAACAAAUGGCUUCCCAAAAUCAAGGCUUGGAUCGAUGAAAAUGACCCUGGAGCCAAACUGAUUCCAUUUUCAGGAGCAUUUGAGCUGAAAAUUAUUGAAAUGCCUGGGGAUGAGCGCGAAAAGUUCUACAAAGAAGUCAGUGCUACUUCGAACUUGGACAAAAUCGUCCACACUGGUUAUGAGGCACUUCAACUGCAAUACUUCUUUACUGCCGGCGAGGAUGAGGUCAAAUGCUGGACCAUCCAGAAAAACACCAAAGCUCCUCAAGCUGCUGGUCGCAUUCACACGGAUUUUGAAAAGGGUUUCAUCAUGGCUGAGGUGAUGAAGGUUGCCGAUUUAAUGGAAGAGGGAUCCGAAACAAAGGUAAAAGCUGCUGGGAAAUAUCGUCAACAGGGUCGAAACUACGUGUGCGAAGAUGGAGACAUCAUUUUCUUCAAGUUUAACGCUGGAGCUGGACUGACGACCAAAAAGAAG